UGAUAGUUAAUCAUUGACUCCAAUAGACUUUACACCCAUCCGUUUGUAAUGCAAUAAGAAGUCGAUUCACUCUGGUUCAAGUAUAUUUACACAAAGCCUGCAGGGUUUAGUUUAGCUCCAGACGAGUUAAGAUGAGCGACACUUCGGAGGACGAUAAUGAGAUCUCCUUUCAAGUGAAGUUUCUUGGCCGAGUUGAGGUGGUCCGUCCUGAUGGACUACAGACCCUGUCUGAAGCAGCUCAGAGCCUAAAGACACCAGAUAAAUACUCCUCAGAAAAGGUAGCGAAGAAGAGCAAAGUCCAGCUCUUCCUGUCGCUGAGUGGGAUAGACAUUUUGGAAAACAAAACCAAGUUUUUGUUGUACUCAUGCCCUCUGUCCACUAUUUCCUUCUGCGCCGUCCUUCCAUCUUCACCCAAAGUCUUUGGAUUUGUGGCUAGACACCCUGCAGCAGACAUGAACCACUGUUAUCUGUUCCAGAGCAAGAAGUUUUCUCAUGUGCUGGUCUCAGUUAUUGGGGAUGUCUUCCGAGCUUCAAAAAAAGAGGAGAGCAUCAGGGGAGGAAGAGACCUGAUAGUGGAAGCCCUCAGACAUAAGAAUAAAGUGCUGCAAAGAGAGAAUGCUGAGCUGAAGAGGAGGCUUGCAGGACAGACUAACUGACCCUACUACUAUAUGCUGUUGUACUUAUACACACUUACAUACCACGACACAUAAAAUAUUGCCCCUCUUAUAUACUGUUUAGCCUCAGGAAAACCUUCCAGCAGAAUGGUGAAACACAGAAAAGGGAAAUAAGAGGGGAGGAAGGAAGGAUGUAAACGAAUGCUAGAGUUGAAACAAAACACGUUUAAUAAUAAAUAAUAUUAAUACUACUAAUAAUA